AUAAAAAUGAGUAUUAUACAAGACUUACUCAGUAAAACGGAGAAAGUUACAAAGCCUUCUAUCUCCAGCCCUCAAAACACUCUAAAUCCAAAUUCAGCCAGAGACAAACCAGCUGAAAACCCAAAGGAGGAUGGCUUCAAAUAUAGCAGAUGGAGAAACGAUAGUCUCAGAAGAAUUAACUUUUUGAUAAACAACUCCAAUGGAAACCUCACAAGAGCAGAGAUUCAGAGUGUAGCUAAACGCCUUUCUUCAGUUCAAAGCAAAGCCAGAUCAAAAGAGCAUUCCUUAUCUUCUACAAAUUCAAAAAGGAUUGUUGAAAACUUCUCUGAAGCAAGGGCUAAUGACCACAUAGAUCCUUCCUAUCAUGACUCGAAAACCAAAAUUUCUAAAAGGGGACACAAAAUGAGGCUUUCACUACACUCAGUGAAUAACCUGUCGAAGUCAGAAUUGCUUAACCUCUACUCUAAUCAUGAGGGGUCUAAGAUUCACAAGAGGAAGGCAUUUGAAGUCCCAAUCAUAAAGCUCCGAAAAGAGAACUACUUAAGGAGUGACCCGACUUACAAAAAUCGGCUCUUCCAUGACGUUCACUGUAGUAUGACUCCUCAGAGACAACUUGUGACUCAGAAGAGCAAGAGACCAGCUGGAUUUAAGCUUAACCUCUGGAGGAGCAAUAAGAAAUGUUCAAAAUAAAGAGUACAACUACGUAAUGGGCAGAUUUAACCACUUCAUGAGGCGUACUAAGAAUACUCCUGUUAGCCUUAAAGGCAGUAACCUCCGAAACUCAAUGAUUCAUAUGCCACUAAGCACCUAAAAAUGACCACAGCAACUUACGAUCCCCCUCUCACCCAAGAAAGAAGAUCAAGGUGCCUAUAUUCAAACGGAAAAAACAUACUUUCUUGUCUCGUCGUAAGAGAUCUCACAAAGUGAAAACUUAGCUACCCAACAGCUAAGAGUCCCGGAUGAUCCCAUAAACAAGCAUCAUGACUCUAAAGCUGUGAUACUCUUCAAUCUCUAGGGACCCAUUCUGUUACUACAAGUAUCAGUCAGGAGGACACUCUCAUAACAGGUUUGAGUAACAAGAGUGUAAAUGCUAUCUUUCUAUAU